UCCGCGACUUGGAGGGAACUGGUAGAUACAUAUUCUAAGCUCUGGCCUAUUCUUCACAGUUCAUUGGCGGAUUGACCAAAUUUAGGAAAAAUAACAAAAUGCCAAGUGAUAAGCCCGUGUUCAUAAGUGAAGAUGAGCUGAAGUCGCUCACCGAUUGGAAGGAGAUUUUGUACGUUCUCGAGCAAGCGUUUAUAUCAGCGUCGAACGAUGAUGGCAAAGAUAAGGCCACGACGACGACGACGGCAUCCGAUCAACCGUACAGCUCUCAGCCGGCACGCUCCUUCGUGGGGGCAGGUGAAGGAGUCCUCCUGUGCAUGCCCGGUUUCAUGGGUAAUCACACGAUUUUCAAGAAUGACUCCAAUCGAGUGUCCACCUUGGCUUGCAAGCUGAUUACCAGCUUCGGAGAUAAUCCGAAACGCGUUCCACCCCUGCCGGACAUAAAUGGCAACAUAUUCCUGUUCGAUGAGGUGACCGGAAAAUUGCGAGCUACACUGGAAGCAAACUACCUGACCGGGUUGAGGACGGCCGCAGCUUCGAUUGUGGCCACCGAGCAAGUUUUUAUGCCGAGAGUUACUGACGCAGAUUCUAAAAACUUGGUACUUGGAAUCAUUGGAACUGGAACUCAGGGCGAAUUUCACGCUAUUGGAUUCAUGAAAACGCACAAAUUUGCUAACAUAAAGCUAUGGAAUAGAACCAAAUCCCGGGCCGAACAGCUGAAAGACAAGUUGAUCCAAUUAGCUCCAGAAAGUGUUAAUCCCAAUGUAGCCGUAACGGUCCACGACUCCGUUGAAGAUUGCUUGAGGAAUUGUGACAUAAUUGUAACGGCUACAAGUUCGAGCGUUCCUCUCGUAUUCAAACGUUUUCUCAAGGAAAAUGUACACAUUAAUGCACUGGGAGCAGGUAGAACGCAUCAUGCCGAGCUUGCGCAGGACAUCUACGACGAGAGCCAAGUGUUUAUAGACUAUCAGAGUGGAGCGAAAAAGGAGCUGGCUGGAUUGAAGUCAACCAUCGUUGGGGAAAUUGGUGAAGUUUUGUUAAAUAGGAAAUCUAUUCCAUCGAGCGGAAUAACCGUGUUCCAAUCGAUUGGAAUGGCCGUUGAAGAUGUGGCCAUUGGAAGAUUGUUCCAUACGAAAUUCCAACAUAGCAACAAUCACUAAAAUGUGAUGACGGAAAAGAAAUUGUGGAUAAAUUGGACAGCAUUUUUGGCUUCUAGCAGUGGGGAUGCCAAAAAAUAAAAAUAACGAUUA